AUGACAAGAGUGCUUCGUUUCAAUAACAGAUCGACUUGUCGUAAAACUAACCAUCUACUUGGCACUUCCGUUUCAUCAAACAACUCUCUUCGAUCACCGACCGCCGAACACAACAACAGCAACAACAUUUCCACAAUGAAAUCUAAAUUAAAUUCAAAACAAGGGGGAAAGUUAUACGAUAUGCCAGAGCCACAUGUCAUUAACGAGAUCAUAGACGAAGCUAUCAACAGUGUAGAUCCCCAUGUAAUGACAAAAAUAAGAUCGUUCGUGACCAUUCCUGUAGAAGAUCUUAUUAGACCCAAAAGAAAAUCACGGAAAGGACAAACACCGCGGCCUCAAAACCUCUUUGUCUUGUAUCGCAGGGAUAUGCAAGCCAAGAUGAUUAAUUGUGCUGGGGCCAGAGUGGGUUCGGAUUUGCCGUUUGUAUCGAAAAAAGCCUCGUUCGAGUGGGAGCAUGUUAGCCCAGAUAUUAAGAUCAUAUACGAAACUCUGGCUGAACUAGCCAAGACCAUACAUGAAAAGAUAUAUCCCAAUUAUGUAUAUCGUCCCCGCAAGAGGAGGGAGAAGAACCCAAACGGACAUUCACUCGAAGAUAGAUUAAAUAGCGAUGGACAAUAUUACAAUUGGGAUAGGUUAAGAAAUGCUUCGAUAAAUGGACACGAAAUUCAAUUUGUUCACGAAAACAUAAGCGAAGUAUCUCCCGGUAAGAACGCUGAAAGAAAUCCCAGAGCAAUUAAUCAACGACAUAUUGUGAGUAAGCGAAACAUACCAACACACUGUUCAGACGCGUAUUGUGAUUACAUACCUUACCAACAGACGCAACCAAUACAACAUCCACAUCAACGGCAACAAUUGCAGCCAUGCACUCGACAUUCUCCACACACAUGUAAUGAGUAUGCAAACCACCACGUUCAUCCUCAAUAUUUGCCAUCUUACGCUAAACUUGAGAGUCAAGAAGACUAUCCACCUCGAUCGAAUUUCAACAACAUACAAUGCUUCCACGACUGUCCAGCGUCGCCCCCAAACGCCAGUCAAGAGAAUAGACAACAAUUAGCAGCGACAGAAACAACAAGAGCAUCAUUCAUUACCUCUACGCAUUUAUCAACACAUCCAAUGGCAUCUUCCUUGUAUCCGACUCCGUUUCCUCCAUAUUUUGAUUCGCAGCAACAAAAAGCAGCUCUACCUUACACUCCAUCACAUUCGGGUCAUAGUACCCCGUCCGAAUGCACACUUCCAUCACCGAUUUCCAAUCACUCUCCAUUGACGCAAUCUUUUCUAUUUCCGCACUACAAGCCCACUUGUCAUCCUAUCGAUAAUAUAGUAUCAGGCGUACCACGACUGGAGGCUGAUGUGAUGGUAGCUUCCUACGACCGAAAGUUGUGUAGGUCGUUUGGAGCCCCAUGA